AUGCUCGACGAAAACCUACCCAUCUUCUUCACCAGACCAUCGUCUGAUAACUCCCUCUCGACCCCGGUCUACUUUACCCAGAAUGGCUCCGAACCGCUGCCCGAGUAUGCCUACCGAAGACCAAAUCCGGCGGCGCCCGAGUCCAAGAACAAGUUCGCAGUCGCGCUGGCAGAUGCCACAAAUCAGGAUGUCAUAUACGGGGAGGUCCUGAUCGAGCCGGACUGGCAGCAACCCACGCUCUCCGCCGCAGAGAUAAGGGCACAAAACGGGGUGCCGCCGCCCCUGGUUCCCAUGAUUCCCGACAGCUUCACCAUCCAGCUGUACAACCCCGACCAGCAGAUCGUGGUAAAGGGAGAAAAGAGCACAUGGACUGGCAAGGAGUCAUGGGAGUUUGAAAUACCACAGCAAAGCUUCAAGCCGCCCUCGACCUCCAAACUGGACCAAGAACAACAGACGGAGCCGCUCGGCAGCAUCUUGACCCCCAAGGUCAUGUUCAGGUGGAAGAGGGACAGCAAGUUCUCCAAGGAUAUGACAUGUUACAUGACAGGGACGGCAUUAGGGAAGCAGAAGAACAAGGAUCCCGAUAUCACAGUCGCCAUGUUCAGGCAGGGGAGGAAUCCGGGCCUGACCAUCUACGAGCCGAAUCUGAACAGGGUCGAGGUGGAGGAUCGCAAGGGCUUCGAGGUCGCGCUGCUGCUGGGCGCUGAAGCCAUCCGCGAGAUCUACUUGUUCCCCAACCGUGAGUCGUUCAACCUCGCCGGUGCUCCGCCCAACAAGCGCAAGAACUCUCGCCCCCUACCCGGUGGAACCCCGCCGAAGACGUCCUCCCCUGUCAACAACCCCUAUGCCAUGAGCGGAGGCCUGGGCAACGCUCCCCCAGCUCAGGCAGCGUCAGCAAUCCCCGCGAAGUCAAGUUCAACACCAGCGGGCCGGAACCAGGCGGACGUUGAUGCCGAGACGAAGAGGCUACAGGCGCUGGUCCAGAAGGAAGAGCGCGAGCGUGAGAGGCGGGACAAGGAGGAGCAGAAGCGCAUUAAGAGGAUGCUCGACGAAGAGGAAAAGGAGCGCCAGCGCCAGCAGGCCGAGGUCGCCAAGGAGACGGAGCGUCUCAAGAGGGAGUACGGCAUGGCCGGCCAGGACUACGAAGCCAGCCGACCGAACCUGCCACCGCGGCCAUCCGGCCAGGCCAACGGGCGCCAUCCUCAAGCCUCGCUCCAGCCACCCGGCGCUCUGAACCCCCCUCCCAGACCCGUGAGCGCUGGGCCUUCACAUUCCUUUAGCAACUGGUUCCACGGGCCUGGCGUUGGACCUGCAGGGCCGCCGCCCCAGCCUCAUGUAACAUUCCAGCAGCCUCAAUCAAGUUCGGGCAGGAGGAGGGGGGAGAGCGACGGAGGAAACAAGAUACAGAAGAAGCGUAGUGUGUUCUUCUGA